CCUCCUAUUCUUCUUCCUUUUUGUUUGGUUUAGCUUAGAUUUGACUCUACUGUUUUCGGAUUCAACUGCAUUUUCUACUUCUUUAUUGGUUUGAUUGUGUUUUGAUGAUUUUCGUCGUGUAUUGUUACCUAGAUGAGGUUGUACUGCAUGUGUUUUUAAUUUGUUUGCGUUUUUACUGAUUUUUGAUUGAUUGGGUUUUUUAUUCGUCAUUGAUUUUUGUUGAUAAUUUAGGUUUUUUUGGCUGUUAAUUGCGUAGUUUUUAUUUAUUAGGGUUUCCAAGCGGCGAAUUUGUUUUUUUUUUUUUUCUAAUUGUAAUGGUUGGUAUUGAUUGGAGUUUCAAUUCUCUUACUUCCAACAUCCCGAAUUUUCACCUUCUCCAUUCUGGUUAAAGCUAUAUCUUGUUUGAGAUUGUUUUAGUAAUAAAAAUGGUGAACUAAUAUCCAGAUUCUUCGGUUGUGCAGAAAUUUUGAGGGGUUUAGUAUUAUUUUGAGCUAGAUUCUUCAAGUUGUGCAGAAUAUGAGGGGUUCAAAUUAUUUAGAGCAAGAUUCUUCAAGUUUUGCUGAAUUCCUCUCUCAGUCCGUCACCUCCGACUGCUCAGCGGCGCCUUUGCGUUAAUUGAUAGCUCCAAUGGCGUUUCGAGGUGUGGGUUUUCAAUUGACAGCAACUAUAAACUCGGAUAAGCAGAGAUGGGCUAUAGCUCCCCUGUACAGUCUAGAAUCAUUGCUGACCUGAAACUCUCAACAGCAGAUACUAUGGGUUUAUCUGACAUACUCUACCUCACUGGGUGGGUUGCAAUCGCAUUUUCUAUGGAUGCUGGGUCACUUGAUGUUGGUAGACUAUCUGUGGGUUGUGCUAUGGGGCUUACUGUUUAUGUGGUUCCAGUGUACAUUGCAGAAAUUACACCAAGAAAUCUUCGCGGUGGAUCUGUGCUUCUUCAUAAGUGUGUUAGAUGCUGUUGCUUAUCACUUCUACAUAAAAUCUGUUGUGAUUAUGACGUACACUCUUCCUCUUGGGAAGAUGUUAAGCAGGCACCCCUCCUAAAGUGCAAUGGAGGCCACCUUGUUUUCUGGGUUGUCGAGGUGCUGGUGCAGGCUGUGUUUUGGGGGUCUGCAGGGAGCUUCUGUGUGGCUGUUGUGUUUUCGUUCUUCCUGAUUAUGCAGUGCUGUGUGUUGCUGUGAUGUGGAUGGUCCUGCUCAACUGGCUGCUGCUGUUUUUUGUCAUUUUUUGCUGGGUGCUUGUUUUUAUUUGCUGUGUUUCGUUUGGUGUUUGUUUACAGGCUGUUUUUUUUAGGAGGUCGUUGUGUUUUAGUUGAGUUGGUCUUGCUGUUUGUGUAUGAAAGUUAACAGAAAAACUGAAAAAUAUGUAACUUUAUAUAUAUGUUAAUGUUUAUAUAUCAAUUUAAGUGAAAAAAUGCAAAUU